UCAGUGUUGGGCAGCAACUGAGGACUCAUCUAGCUGUAGCUCGUUUCCGAGAUUUCACUUCAAGUUCAAUAGUUUCAGUUUCAAUCACCUGUUUAGAACACUCUCUUCCAAGUUACAAACUUGUUUAGUUUGAAACAAUGUUUACUCCAUGAACCAACAACUUCCAUAUGUAGAAUCUACUAAAAAAGAAAUUGAAGAUACUUUGAGCGUAAAAGUUUGUUUAACUUUUCCAUCGCAUCGUCAAUAUCGGAGAGAUUAGAAUUCCAAGUAUUUCAGAGAGAGGGGAAAUGGCUAAAACGGAGAACCCAUUAACUGAGGAAAGUCUUUUAGCCGAUUUCGGAGAUAGAAGAGUCACAGGAAAAGGGACGGUAUUGUUUUUUGCCCUGACGUGGGCGCUACAGAUCAAUCUGAUUUUCUGCCUCACCUAUGAGUGGCCUGACUUCUUGAACAGGAUUCUCGCCAUGAAAGAGAUACUCAUGUCCUGCUUCGCUACCAGCGGAUAUUUAGUACAGCAAGACAUGCUUGUGUUGGAGAACAAAAUUGUUACAAGAUACAUAAAAAACAUUAAAUACCACAACACAUCUUUGGAACGAGAUCGUCUUAUCACAGACACAAACAAAUUCAUCAAAUGGUUCUGUGGGUUGUCGGUCAAAGCGUUCAAGUGCAUGUUCAUAUUUUCAAGUUGCCUACCAAUGUUGCAAGUUUCUAUUGUACUGGCAAGAGCAUAUUUCACAGGAGCUAAACUUGAGAAAGUGCCUUUCGUUGUGUAUGUGUAUGUGCCUCAACGGUUCAGAACGAUUCCCGGCUACUUGACGGCACAGUUGCUGUGUUUCACGUGGUAUGGACUUGUCUCAUAUAUGUGGUCACUCAGCUACAAGGUGUACCUGGUUUCCUUGAAGUGUCUACAGACUGAGAUGGAUCUACUGUGCCAGUCUUUGGACGAGAUAGGCUCUAUGUCAGGAAGUGGCAACGAGUCAAUUCUGGUGUACAAAUCGGACACUGAGAAAGUGCAAGGCAAUGAGGAGGAUGAAUUGAGGCAUUUCUUCUCAUCGAUAGUCCAGCAUCAUCAGCAUAUUCUAAGGUCGAUGUCACUACUAUCAAAACACUUGAAGCUAGUGAUUGUUACGUUUUUGAAUAUUUAUGGACUCCAAACUUGUUUAUACAUGAUCUUCUUGUUGAAGAUGAAAGAAACAGGCAUACGUAUAAAAUAUGCUAUACUUUACACGGUGGUUAUGGUCAUAAUGUAUUCGUGUACGAGGAGCGGACAAGUCAUAAAAAAUAAGGGAGACCAGAUCCGCAUGGCGUUUUAUGAGUGUGGAUGGGUUAAUAAGCCGCAAUGGAUGAAACGCUCUCUGCUGGUGAUGAUGACUAAAGCCAUUGAGCCAAUCGAAUUCAAACCAUUUGGCCUCUAUGUCGUCGAUUUGAACUGUAUGGCCAACAUCCUGAAAGCGACUUACACAUACUUCAACAUAGCCAACGAGUUUAUCAAGUGAUCACUGUGUCUCAUUGUGUUGAAUGGAUGUGAAUCUUA